AGAAAAAGUAGGAGGACGUCUCAGUGCAUUGCAACCGCCGGAGUCAGAUAAGUGCGCUUUUUAACCUAAUGAAGACACUAAAAGAUAGCUUUUGGGAAUUGCUGAUUAAUCUGUGAAGUAGGAGACCCGUAUUCAAGAUCUGUGGAAUGAAGACUCGCGCAGAUGUUGUUGCACGUUUUGAAUCUGUGAUGCAUUCCAUCACGCUACGAGUUUUUGUGAAAGAGAAUUCGGUUUGUCUAUGGAAGAACGCCGAGGCACGUUUCUGUGGAUAUUGAAGUAACACAUGUCCACUCUUAGCUCCCUAAAGUGGUCAACAAAUCGCGUUUAGACUGCUGGCAUGGAACAAGGGGAAUUAUUCGCCUCAAAGUGUCUGUUAGAGAAACGUUGUGGGUGUUAUUGUACACAUAAACAAAUGGAAACCCCUUGACCUAAUAAGUUCAUUUUCCAUCUGUUGCGCGUGGCACUUCGAGAAAUGGCCAAAUCUGUCAACUUUGCAGUCGACUCAUGGCUGCAGAUAUCGUUGUUGUCCAUCGGCUGUGCUUUAAUAUGUUUUAGUCGUUCAUCCACUGCAUCCCCAACACACAACCAGCGUUUGAUUUGCUGGCAGGCCAUUAUGAAGUGCCAAGGAGAGCAGGAGUGUCACUACGCUUAUACCCAGUAUCUGCACGCGUGCGAUCCGGUUAUUAACGGCGACAAGACGAAAUGUCCCAGCCACUGCAUUUCUUCUAUCGUUCAGCUCAACCUCACUGUGAACGGCCCGGCACUGGAAGACUGCGAGUGUGCCUCAGACACUUUAUGCAAGAUCACCAAGCGAGCCAUCGAACCCUGCAUGCCCAGAACCAGCCACACGGGCUGCACUGAAGCCCGCAAACAGUGCGAGACGGAUCCAGAGUGCAGCACGGCCAUGCGGGAAUAUCUUUAUCACUGCAGGAAACUGUUUGGAGGAGAGCAGUGCUCGGAUGAUUGCCGGCGGGUCAUCACGAACAUGCGCUUCAUUCCAAAAGCCCAGCUGCUGGAUACUUGCGUUUGCGACGGUGAGGAGAGAACUAUAUGCGAGUAUGUCAAAGUUAGCAUGAGGAACUUCUGCUUUAACGACAAAUACGCCGGGAGUGGCUUUUCAGAUACCGAGGAUGACUCUGACGACUACUACGAGAUGGAUUAUGAGGAAGAGGAGAAUGAUGCUGGAGAUUUAAGAGCACACUAUAUUUUGACAUUGGCAUCCACCAUUUUUACUUUUGUUAUCCUUUUAUGUUAAAAAAUUAAUGAGUGACUCAUGAGCAUCCCCCAGUUUAGCAGCACGAAUAUCAGUGGGCCUAUAAGCUUAUUGUCAAGCUUGUUUGUUGUUGUGCAGUUUGCUAAGUACCCAACUAACAAUGUUUGUUUCCCAAAACGUUCAGUUAAUGUUAUUUUAUGGUUCUAAAACCUUAAACGAACGUCCCGAGAACGUAGUAGUUGGUUCACCCCAAAAUAACCAACUUGGAACCAUACUGUAAAGUUAGUGGAACGUUUCUGCUGCUCUCUGUUUCUUUUAUCAUUAGUUGCUUGUUAUACGACAAAAGGAAAAAUAGCCUUAUUGAAAGUUGUGAGCUGCCAAAAUCUGCACAACAGGAGUUAAGGGUAUUGAUGGAAAGAGUUGUAAAUAUGUACUUCACUAAAUAUUAAAUUAUGAACGAUUUUGGAAAUAACUAUUCAAAGAGAGAAAAAAACAAUACUGGAAUUUUAUUUUUGUAUAAAAUAUUGGUUUGUGUAAAUUGUUGUUAAACAACAUGAUUAUUGUAAAGGUGUACAAUGCUUCUGUAACAUCAUUGUGUGAAUGAUAUUCUUAAAGAAACAGUAUAACUCUGUAUUGCUAACUGUUUUUAAUGUGAACAAUGCGAACAAAAAGAUUCAAAUUAUCCCAUUGAUUAUUUGACUUCUUUUUGGUCAUUUGCAACAACAACAGGAAUUUAGCAAUUUGGAACAUGUAGGCAAAUGGCAAUCUCAAAUAUUAUGAUUGAUUCAUUAAAAUGGAUUAAUUGAGUAAAUGUUUUCUGUCUGUCCAAUUAUGCAGAUCUGAUGUCAAGUAAAAUGAGGGAAUGUUUUACUUCUUAUUGUAUGCCUGAAAUCAGAUUUAAUAUACCUCUAUUUUAGAUCAUAUAAGGCAAAGGAGAACCCCAGUUUGGGCAUGAGGGCAUACAGAUGUCUUAUAAUGUCUGUUCAUA